UGGCAGCAUGCACCUGAAGAUGCAGCAUCUUGUCGUUUUCAAGAAAUUCAAGCAGAUGAGAUGACACAAGCGGGCACACAGUGCAUUUUUGUUGCGUUUACCUGACUGCUGCACGUCUCAGGAGGCAACCCACAGCCAGAGAAAGACAGCAGUGCCCCGCAACUAAUGACAUUUAAAACAGAACUGAAAACUUCAUCGCUUUGUGUUGUCCUUGCCCUCUAGGUCUUGUGCGAUGGACCAGCCUCUGCUUAGAGGGGAGUCAGCGAGGGGCUGCUGUUCUUACAGCACCCUGAAGGCCUGGCUGCCCAUCCUGUCUUGGUUACCAAAGUACAAACUGAAGUGGCUGCAGAUGGAUGUCCUUGCAGGCCUCACUGUUGGGCUGACAACUGUACCACAGGCGCUGGCUUAUGCAGAAGUAGCCGGACUUCCUGUGCAGUACGGGCUCUACUCUGCCUUCAUGGGCGGCUUCAUCUACACCCUCCUGGGGACCUCUAAGGACGUGACACUGGGUCCGACGGCCAUCAUGUCCCUCCUGUGUUCCUCUGUGGUCGGGGGUCACCCACAGCGAGCUGUGCUGCUCAGCCUCCUCUGUGGACUCAUCCAGGCUGUGAUGGCAUUACUGAGAUUAGGAUUCCUGUUGGACUUCAUCUCCUACCCUGUAAUAAAAGGCUUCACUUGUGCUGCUGCAGUCACCAUUGGCUUUGGCCAAGUCAAAAAUAUUCUGGGUCUCCAGGGCGUUCCCCAGGAGUUCUUCCUGGAGGUUUACUACACGUUCCACAAGAUCCCAGAGGCCAGAAUAGGUGACGUGGUCCUGGGGCUGCUUUGCCUCUUUCUGCUGAUCAUGUUGGUGUUGAUGAAGGCGAGUCUCGGCUCUGACGAUUCUGAUGCCUCCACCUCCUCCAGCGUCGCCAGGAAACUAGUGUGGACUGUUGCUACCAUGCGUAAUGCCCUGGUGGUCGUGGCUGCAUCCCUCAUAGCGUUUUCCUGGGAUGCUUACGGUCAUCACGUGUUCACAAUCACUGGACAAACUAUGAAGGGACUCCCACCGUUCAAGCCUCCACCCACUUCAGACACCACCGCAAAUGGCACUGUUGUCCCCUUCAGAGAGAUUGUAGAGGACUUUGGAGGAGGACUCGCUGUGAUCCCCUUCAUGGGUGUGCUGGAGAGCAUUGCUAUUGCAACAGCUUUUGCCAGUCAGAAUGACUACAGGAUCGAUGCCAACCAGGAGCUGCUGGCUAUUGGCGUGACCAACAUCAUGGGCUCCUUUGUGUCGGCUUACCCUGUUACUGGCAGCUUUGGGAGGACAGCAGUGAACUCUCAGACCGGUGUUUGUACUCCAGCUGGAGGAAUCGUCACCAGUGUGAUAGUGCUGCUUUCCUUGGCCUUCCUCAUGCCGGCCUUCUACUACAUCCCCAAAGCUUGUCUCGCUGCUGUCAUCAUCUGUGCCGUAGCGCCGAUGGUGGAUUACCAAGUCGUGGCUAAGAUGUGGAGGAUACGCAAGCUGGACCUGCUGCCUUUUGUUGUGACGUUCCUGAUGAGUUUCUGGCAGGUGCAGUACGGCAUCAUGGGAGGUGUUGCUGUUUCUGGAGCCCUGCUGCUGUACAACGCAGCCAGGCCACAAAUUAAGGUGUCUGACCACAAUGUGCUGCUGAUGGAGUUGAGCAGUGGCCUCAGUUUUCCCGCCAUGGAGUAUCUCAGCCACAUCAUACACACUCAGGCUCUGCAGGUGUCUCCUCCACGGUCUGUGGUCCUGGACUGCCAUCAUGUGAGCAUCAUAGAUUAUACAGUGAUCAACGAGCUGAGUGACCUGCUGAGGCAGUUCAAGCUACGACGAGUGCAGCUGGUCUUUUCCGGAUUGCGACCCUCCGUUCUGAAGGUUCUCCUAGCGGCUGAUCUUGAUGGCUUCAGGCAUACGGACAGCGUGGAAGAAGCGAUGCAGAUAGAGUCGAGAGACCUCAUAGAUGACUGACAACAAAACAGUCCAAUCACAGUCUGGAGAGGUGAAGUUUUUUAAAAAAAUAUUUUUUAGGCCUUUAUUAGAUAGAGAAGGUGAAGAGGCAGACAGGAAAGUAGGGAGAAGAGUGAGGGUACGACAUGCAGCAAAGGGCCACGAGCGGGAAUCGAACCCCGGCUGCUGCGUCACGGACCAACCCCUGUACACGAGUCGCCCGCUUAACCUGUUGAGCUAUACAGGCACCUGAGAGGUGAAGUUUGAGCCUGGACAGAAGGGAGGUAGCAACAACACUGAUCAGUGCCAUCUCUUAUCUGGGAUUAUCAGGCUACUAUGAAGUUAAUAACUACCUUCAACUUGGCAGUGGCUGACGGAAGUGCCCUUUUUUCCAGUAAAGCAAGGAGUUGCACAGAACGCGUUAUCUGUUAAACCUUGACUCUUGAAAUCAAUGCGGAUUCGUAGAGAUGAUGACACUAUCAAACCAUUGCACAACACCAUUGGACUAAAGGUGAGAUACUGCUUUGUACAUGCAGUGUCAUGUAUAAAUUAUUUUAUAUAAAUAUACAGUUUGGAAAGUUGACAGUGAAGGAUAAUAGAAAUGUCUUAUUUUUAUGUUUUUAAAGAAAUGCAGCACAGGUGAAAAAUUUGUACAAUGUUUUUUGUUUUACUCAUACAUAUGAUUCUUAUUUGACUAUUUUAUUAACUCAAAUGACCUGAUGGGGAUGUUUAGUGAAUAAAACAUUGACAUUUUCA